AUGUCUGCUCGAAUCCCAGCCGUGGUGUCGCACCUGGUGAGCGAUGAGGCCAAGAGGAUGAUUGACGUGGUGGCCAAGUUCGUCGAAGAGGACUGCAUCCCAUGCGAUCCCGUGCUGGAGGCCCAAGUCGGCCAAGGCGACGACCGAUGGGAAGCCCACCCCGCCAUCAUGGAGGAGCUCAAGCACAAGGCCAGGAAGCUGGGCCUCUGGAACAUGUUCCUGCCUAGGGGCCACUACGCCGAGUCGCCCGGCUGGACCAACCUCGAGUACGGCCUGAUGGCCGAGUGGCUUGGCCGCUCCCGCAGCGCCUCCGAGGCGUGCAACUGCGCCGCCCCGGACACGGGCAACAUGGAGGUGCUUGCCAAGUACGGCAGCGACGCCCAGAAGCAGCGGUGGCUGAAGCCCCUGAUGGAGGGCAGGAUUCGCUCCGCGUUCCUCAUGACGGAGCCGCAGGUGGCCUCGUCGGACGCCACCAACAUCGAGAUGGAGAUUCGGCGCGAGGGCGACGAGUACGUGCUCAACGGGCAGAAGUGGUGGUCCAGCGGAGCCGGCGACCCCCGCUGCGCCAUCUACAUCGUCAUGGGCAAGACGGACAAGGCGAACAAGGAUCCGUACAGGCAGCAGUCGGUCGUCCUGGUGCCUGCUGACACGCCCGGCAUCACCAUCACCCGCAUGCUCAAGGUGUACGGGUACGACGACGCCCCGCACGGCCACGGACAUUUGGUUUUCGACAACGUGAGGGUUCCCGUGAGCGCCGUGGUUCUCGGGGAAGGACGUGGCUUUGAGAUUAUCCAGGGUCGCCUGGGACCUGGUCGCAUUCACCACGCUAUGAGGAGCAUUGGCGCCGCCGAGGUCGCGCUCGACUGGAUGCUCAUGCGCGUCAACGACGAGCGCAAGAAGCCCUUUGGCAAGCUGCUCCGCGAGCACGGCGUGAUCCUCGAAUGGAUUGCCCGAUCCCGCAUCGAGAUUGACUCUGCCCGUCUCGUCGUCCUCAACGCCGCCCACAAAAUGGACGUGUUGGGCCCCAAGAAGGCCUUGAAGGAGAUUGCGCAGGCAAAGGUGCUGGUCCCGCAGACGGCCCUGACGGUGAUUGACCGCGCCGUCCAGUCGUACGGCGGCGCUGGCGUGUGCCAGGACACGCCUCUGGCCAGCAUGUGGGCGGGCAUUCGGACGCUGCGGCUGGCUGACGGUCCGGACGAGGUGCACCUGCAGCAGAUGGGCAGGAACGAGAACAAGCGCGGCAAGGAGGCGACGCUGAAGAUCCGGGCGCAGCAGGCCAAGACGGCGGAGCUGCUGAAAAAGCACGGCGCUUUGACAGCCCAGCCUGGCACCAGAAUCCGCCACGCGGCCAAGAUUUGA